AUGUCCUGUCCCGAUACAGGUUCCGAGGAGAACAUCAUCUCGCAAGAUCUUGCUCAGAGCCUUGGACUUGCAAUAUCCGACGAUCUGGCCGACGGAAGGUUCUUCGAGCUUGCCAAUGGCAACAAAGUGCAAUCUGUGGGCUGUGUCCAGGCUUCUUGUCGGUUUGUCUCGGAGCUAAGUGCCUCUCCGAACCUUGUCUGUAUCUUCUACGUCUUCCGGAACGUUGCCACAGAUCUCGUCAUGGGCCGAAAAUUUCUCGAUGAAACGGAGACCUUGACCGCCCACAGAGAGCGUUUAGUACGCCUCUCACGUCGUGUACCGGGACCACUGCGUGUAAGGGCUGUAUGCGCAACUCAGCAGGUGAUCUGCAAACUGGCCGGCAAAAUGGUAUCUGCCAUCGCUGAUAGCGGAUCGGAGCUCAACCUGAUGUCGCCCGAGUUUGCUUGCGAACAAGGCUAUGUCGUUGAGGAAGGAGAGGAAGUGAUCAUGUUCGCUGACGGGAGCCUUGCGUAUACCUCCGGCGUGGCAUAUGUAUCGCUAUCCGUGGAUCUUAGAGAUGUCCAUGGCGCGGUUACAACAGCCUUUUACCUUCUCCGGGAUCUGAUCUGUGACGUACUCAUCGGCGAAGAUACUCUUGAGGACUUUGAAGUCUUCACGACGCAUCAGGACGCUUUGAGGAUAGGCCUCUACGAUGCUGUUGUGUCCCGCGUAAACCGCAUCAUUCAUAUGGGACCUGUCGAGCGAGCUGUAUCGUGUGUUCAGGAAAAGGUCGGCUGCGGCAUAACCCGUUUGUUUGGCCGGCAUCGUACGCCAGUACACAUUCAGACUAGCGUCAGGUCUGUUCAGGAUACCCUGAAUGAAUUUGACCAGCGAGAGAACGCCCGCCGGGAGCGGGAAUCAACGCGAAUCGCGUCGUUGCUUGAUCCUGGUGAGCAUCGAACGGCUGAAACAGCAGAGGCUACAAGACGAGCCCGCUACCAGCAAGAAAGACUGCAGCUUCUGCCAUCCUUCAGCGGCGGUCCGCUCGACAAGUUGGGACUCAAGCGAGUGGCUGCUCCACGCACCAGCUCAGUCGACAGCCCAGCAUCGAGCAACUUGCAUCUGGACUGGUCCCCAAAGGUUUCCACCGGUUAA